CUCGUCGCUUCCGGUCCAGUUCUAAUUUAUGGUACACAAAUAUUGAAUUAAAAAUGCCGAAACCACAAUACGAACAAAAGUUUAGACAUGCUUGGCUCAAGGAUCCCAUUCUAAAAGAUUGGUUAGUGACAGUUGAGAGUACAGCAGGAACUACAGGAAAAUGCAGAGUUUGCAACAUCGUUGUAACCAGCCGAUAUGCCGAUCUCAAGAAUCAUGGUGCUUCUAUGAGACACAAAAAGAAUGCAAAACUUAUAUUGGGACCACACCCUCAACCUCAAUUGAAGUUUCCAGGGGAAUCGGAAAUGUUUGCAGCAAAACAGGCGGAACUAAAACUAAGCUUGUUUGUAGCUCAGCACACAUCAGUGCGUGUGGUUGAUCAUCUCGUCAACACAUGCAAAAAGACGUUCGAAGGACAAUCUUCCACACAUAUUAAAAUGCAUCGUACCAAGUGCUCAGGUAUUAUACAAAAUAUAAUAGCGCCACAUUUCUUCAAUGAUUUAAAAAAUGAUAUUGGUGAUUCCAAAUUUAGUCUUUUGCUGGACGAAUCCACCGACAUAACGGUGAGGAAAUAUUUAGGAAUGAUAAUACUUUACUUUAGUGAGCGAGAAAAUAAGCUUGUAACGACUUAUCUUGAUCUUGCCGUUCUCGAUAACUGUGAUGCUGAUGGCCUUUUACACACCAUCAAAACAACAUUAAAUAAAUAUUCCCUCAACCUGCAGAACUUAAUUGGCAUUGGUACAGAUAAUGACGAGUGUUAUGACAGGUGUAUGUCACUCGUUGCAAUUAGCAGUAACGCAUGCCUCAAAGGAAACGUUGCCAAGAAACAUUGA